GUGGAUAUUAUUCGAUCCAAAUUUUCUGGCCUAACACAGAGAAUAAGCACGACAAUUUCUAAACAAAUUGCAUGCGACCUGUAUGCAACAGAAAUUUUCACCUUAGAAGAGAUGAAUUAUGUCCUUUCUGACCCAGUGGCUGAACAAGUUGCAAGAAGAUUGAUUACAUCUGUUCUUAGUAAAGGAGAAACGUCUUGUACAUAUUUUCUACAGUCCCUUGAAAGUAAAGAUAGAUUUUUAUUUCAUAGUCUCAUGGGAAAAAAUAUUUUUGGAAAAGUUACAGAUGAGGAUUUGGAAGAUCUGGAACGUCUGUUAAAACGCUUGUAUAACAGCAAAUUUUUUCAGAAUAUCUUCCCACUUGGUAAAGAAAUUGACAUCAUAUUUGAUUUGGAAACAACUUUCACUGAUCCUUUAUUGUGGAAGAAGGAUACAUUCAAUCAGAGAAAAGAACAAUAUGCAUUGGAAGAUUUACUAAACAGACUUGAAAGUCCAUGCAUUAUCGAAGGAGAAGCUGGCAAAGGGAAGACCACUAUACUAAAGAGGAUUGCUUAUCUGUGGGCAUCUGGAAAGGUUGAAUCUCUUAAACAGUACAGGCUUGUGUUCUUUAUCACUUUGCGUAGUAUGAGCGAAAACCUUUUCGAGACAAUGUGUGACCAGCUUUUUCCUGUUACCUCUAACUGGAACAAACAAGAGUUCAUGCAUAAAAUCUGGAACCUUGGGCCAAAUGUUUUAUUUUUACUGGAUGGCUAUGAUGAAUUCAGCUGUGAGAGUUGUGCAGAAGUAGAUGACCUUAUAAAACAUAACUAUAAAUUUGGCAGCACCGUCAUUGUCACCACAAGAACAGAAUCUCUCAAAGAAGUUCGACACUGUGCUUCUCUGAUUGUGGAAACCAGUGAUAUUACCAUUGAAAGUGCAAAAAAACUGAUUUCAAAUGUCUUACAAGAAGAAGAAGCCACAGCCCUAUUGCAGCAGUUGGAUGAAACUGAUUUUAUGAAAAAUCUCAUGAAGACACCACUUUUUGUAGUCAUAGCCUGUGCUCUUCGAAUGGGGGAGUAUGAAUUUCACAUGAACACUCAAACAACUCUGUUCUGUACACUAUACAACUUGAUGAUUGAAAGGAGUCAUUACAAAAUUAGAGAUGUAGAGAUAAGCAUCAAAGAACAAAAUAUUACCAGCUGUGGAGACCUGGCUCUUGAUGGACUGUUUGCCCACAAAUUUGAAUUUCGAAAAGAGAAUUUGAAAAACAUAACAGAGGAUAUCCUGCUUAAAAUCGGGCUUUUAAAUAUGUAUGGGGCUCAAAAACCAAAGCCUAUAUACAGAUUUUUUCAUACAUCAUUCCAAGAAUACACUGCUGGAAGGAGACUUGCUCAACUUUUAUCAUCAAAAGACACGUCCAGUACUGAAAAAGGAGAAUCCUAUCUAAACAAAAUACAGACAGUAAAUGAUAUUACUAAUAGGUACAAAAAUCUGCUCUUUUACACAUGUGGAUCAUCAAGAACUGCUGCUCAGAAACUUAUUGUUCACAUUAGAAAUGUGUGCAAAGAUGUCAUAAGUGAUUCAGACACUGACUUUGUGGACUUUGGAAUUAACCUUUUUUAUGAAAGUGCCACCAAAAAGGAACUGAGUAAAGAAUUUGAACUCCUUUUUUUUCGAAGAACAUUACACAUUAACACACAUAAUAUUGCCUCCCAUCAUGUUGAUUUUUUUGAAUACUUACCAAGUUGUUUAAGUGCCCUUCAUCUGGUUAAGUUAGAUUUAUUUGGUUCACAUAGUAAUGCAUCAAGUAAAGAUAAAAUGAACAUCUCUAAUGAAGCAGGACUAAUGGAGAAUAAACCAAACACAUACAUUUCUGAAAAGGUUGUCAAGUUGUUUUUUGAUUGGACCCAAACUCUGCAGACUCUGGAGGUCACACUGAAAAACUUUGAUCAGCUUGAGAAGCAUGACAUAAAAUGCCUUGGAAAGAUAUGCUGCUGUGCUGAGCGUCUCAGGCUCAAUAUUAGCUGCAGCACAGGAAUCACUGGAAACCUUGCAAAAAUUGUUGAAUACUGCAAAAGAAUGCAGGAUCUGAUUAUAGACAACACCCCCCUGAGUACUGAUGAUGAGAUGCGAAUUGUGGAGAUGACAAAUGUGAAAAUAUUAAGUAUUUCUAAUAUAGAUCGACAACAAGAGGAUGGUGCUUUGCUACAUGGCUUGUGCAAUCUUGUGGAAGUUGAAAAAUUAGUCUUGCACAAUAUAAACCUAAAUGAAAAAAAUGCUGAAAUUUUAGCAACUGGCAUACAGUGUUUACGUGAACUAAGAAUUCUUCAGCUUUCAGAUGUUCCCAAUAUUUGCAAUGGACUUGAGCACAUAAUAGAAUCAUUUUCACACAACUGCAACCAAAUAAAAGAGCUUCAUUUAAAUAACUGCUGUUUGACUGUAAAGGCUGUGAGAUCCCUCACACAAAAUGUGAAAAAUAUGAGAAAUGUGGAAAUACUCGAUCUUUCUGAUAACUAUUUGGAAGAUGAUGGAAAGCAAGCUGUGGAAGAAUUAGGUAUUGCCUUGACCCAGCUGCCAGCAUUAACAACACUCAAGUUACCUGGAGGUUCAAAUAUAAAAGGCUGCCUGGAUAUACUUAUGUGUCAGCUUAAGGGAAUUCCAAGCCUGUCAAACCUUGCAUUUAAAAGGUGGAACAUGACUGAUGAUGAUGUGAUAAAAUUAGCCUCUCAUUUGAGGGAGAAUUUCAAGAAGCUUGCAUUUUUGGACCUCUCAUGCAAUCAUGUUGGAAAUGAUGGCUGGAUUUCUUUGAUUGAAGCACUACAGAACCUGAAGAACCUGAGACAUUUUGAUCUCAGCACAGAGAAUAUCUUCACUCCAAUUGGAGAAGUUUUAAAAAUCCUGUGUUGUGUAGUGGGGAUGCUACCACACUUAUCUUCACUUACACUUAGUAAUUGGGAACUGGAUAGUGCAGAUUUGUCCAAAAUGAAAAAUGCUAAAUUGAUAUACAGAAAAGGAGAAGACCCAUACAAACACCUUUUUGAAGUUGAGAUCAUUUGA